AUGGAGGGAAAAAUUACCAAAGAACAGAUCAAGGCUGGGUAUGCCGCUCUGAAGAAGAUAGACAAUUGCAUCCAGAAAGAAGAGUUUGGCAGAAAGCUGGUUGAAGCCUGCGAUGAGUUCUACACACGAGUGCCACAUGAUUUUGGCAUGUCCAGACCUCCCGUGAUAAGAACUAAGGCGGAACUGAAGUCCAAGAUCCAGCUGCUAGAGGCACUGGGAGACAUUGAGAUAGCCAUUAAGAUGUUAAAGGAAGGAGACUUCUCUGAAAACCCUGUUGACAGGCACUACCAUGCCCUGCACUGUAAACUGAAACCCCUAGAGCAAACACAGGAUGACUUCAAGCUAGUUGAGAAGUACUUACAGAACACACAUGCAGCAACCCAUUCUCAGUACAAGAUGAAGCUUCUUGAUCUGUUUGACUGUGACAAGGAGGGGGAAGCCAAGAAUUUCAGAGACGUUGGAAACAGGAAACUUCUUUGGCAUGGUUCACGUAUGAGCAACUGGGCAGGAAUAUUGAACCAAGGACUGAGGAUUGCACCACCAGAGGCACCUGUCACAGGCUACAUGUUUGGAAAAGGUAUCUAUUUUGCUGACAUGUCCAGCAAAAGUGCCAAUUACUGUUAUCCAACAAGGUCCAAGAAUAUUGGGCUUGUCUUGCUGAGUGAGGUUGCCUUGGGAACACCCAAUCAGCUGCUAGCAGCAGACUAUGGGGCCGACAAACUGCCCUCAGGGAAGAACAGUGUCCAGGGACUGGGACGUGUGGCACCUGAUCCCAAGGAAGAGGUUACAAUGUCUAAUGGAACAGUAGUUCCCCUUGGUAAACCAAAAGACACUGGCGUUAAAAACCCUAGUGGUUACACCUUAAACUAUAAUGAAUUUGUGGUGUACGACCCAAGACAAGUGAGAAUGAAAUAUCUGUGCAAAGUACAAUUUAACUUUUAGGAAAAUAUCAAUUUCUUAUUUAAUUACUGACAUAUCAAUGGAGAAUUCAAAUGUGGUAAGAAUGAAGAGGCAUUGUUUUCAGUGCUUGGUGAGAUCCUUCACAUCAGCAAGAAUAUUUUUUCAUGGAUGGUAUUAAGAUUUGUUUAUUGUAAGUUAGAAGUGGAAUGAUCAUUUGAGGAGUUGGCUUUGAAAAACGAUAAAAAAAAGACAUUGAUUGGCAGUAGAAAAAGGAGACCUUAAGUUUCAUUUCAGUGACAGAACAUAGAAGUAUAUAUACAUUGAUGCAUCUUUGAAGAUCUACAUUACAGUUGUAAAAUACAAUCCAAGCUUUCGGCCCCUGGGCCUUCUUCGGGGAUUAUGAACAAAAAGUGAAAAAACAAACUCCUAGGAUAUGUGACGUCAGUGAUGUGUUAAAAAAAGUGACAGAACAUAAAAAUGUAAAAGUUAUAAGCAAAUAUUUGUCAUUUUUUACCAAUUAAUCAAAUUAUAUUUCCUGAAAUUUUUAUUAUCUUUUUAAAAACAGACUGCUUUAAUUUAUAGUCUUGCUAAUGGGAGUGAAGUGAAAAUACACUUGACUAUUCAGUUCAGUUUCCUAUGGGAAUUAUUAGACAAUCUCAAAAUUUUUCAUUGUUAGUGUUUUUUUUUUAAAUCAGACCUUCAA